UUCAGACUGAAGCCGGCAGGGGUUCCCAUUCCUCCAUGUUGUUUCUGAGCUGUCUGCGAUGUGUUUGAUUCAAAGCUCUUUCUGUGCUACCGCUCAGAGAACAGAUAUGUGGCGAUGGACCUGGCAGGUCAUGGUCGGUCAUCACACCGACCUGGUGGAGCUUUCUACACGUUUCCUUCGUAUAUCGCAGAUGUACGCAGGGUCGUUGAUGGUGAGCAAGUGCAUGAAGCUGCAGGGCAUCUUUUAGCAAUUAGUUUCUUUUGUGGCAGUAAAAUCAAUGCUGUUAUACAGCAGUAAGAACAACUAGAUUUAAUUAGAUGUGAUGUUUUUGUGAAAUGACUCCCACAGGUCUGCAGUGGACUAAAUUCACCAUCCUAGGCCACAGUAUGGGUGGUAAUAUUGGUACAAUGUUCACCGUCAUGUAUCCUGAGAUGGUGGAGGCUCUCAUACUGCUGGACAUUUUGGGAUUUCUGCCGACAGUUACGAAAAAAAUAUCUGAGAAAAUGAGGAACGGAAUAUAUGAGAUGAUUCAGUUUGAAAACAAGACGGAAGAGAAGAAAAAAGUUUACACUUACAAGGAGGCGGUAAAAAGGCUCCUGGCUGCAAACCCGACUCUGUCUGAACAGUCUGCGCACAUCCUGCUAGAGCGAAGUCUGGUGCAGGUUGAAGGAGGAUUUGUGUUCUCCAGAGACCUGCGAGUUAAAUUUAACCACAUACUUCGGCUCACUUUCGAAACGUGUCUGGAGAUGCAGCCGAGAAUACGAGCCUCUGUCCUGAUUAUUCUAGGAGACAAAGGCCUUACCAAAACGGUGUCGGAUGCAGACAAGCAGACAUUUAUCUCUGCACUUCUUCAAGGUUGGCACGAUGGAAAUCACACGGUGGUGACAGUGUCAGGAAGUCAUUACGUCCAUCUGAAUCAUCCUGAACUCGUCGCUCCAGUAGUUUGUGACUUCCUGCGGACCAAAGUGUUUUCACAGCCGCCGGCAUAGGAGACAGACACACACACACACACACACACACACACACACACACACACACACACACACACACACACACACACACACACACACACACACACACACACACACACAUUUUCACUGUGACAUUUCCACUGUGACAUUUCACACUCUGAGUGUCGGUGCACUCUCCUCAUAUUGACUCAUCGCGCUCAUUAUCAUAAUAUUGUGCGAUUGAUUCCCCUCCAGAUGUGUUACUGUUUGAACACAACCACAAAGUCUUGCAGUGACUUGGAAUGAUUAUGUUUUCGUGUGUAAACCUCCAGUGAACACACAGUUUUAACAAAGUGAAAUAGCCGCUCAUUAACAUUUACAUCAGUGUGACAAGACAUUACACAUUCAUUACACAAACAGGCACAGAGUGGAUAUGUUUUUAUUGUAUCGCCUAACUGUCUUUAGUUUUCAUCAUUUUACACCAUUUUGUUUACAUUUAAAAUUUACUGGCUUUGAGUCUUCUCUACUUAUGUUUUGUCAUCUCGAUAAAUGUUGGUGGACCAUGACAACACCAGGGGGCAGCACUGAGAACAAGUCUAGUAAUAUUGUCUCUUUGUUUGUUGAUUGGUUGGUUUGUCAUGAUUAUGCAUGAUCUUUUUGGACACUGGAUUUUUUUUUAUGGUCUCUCUAUGCUCUUGUGUUUGAGGUCCUUCAUUUUGUAACCUCAUCCCUUGUGCUUUACUUCCUGUUUUUGUCCUGUUUCCCACCUUUGUGAUUGUCUACACCUGUGCUAAUGUGUCUCACCUAUGUUCAACUAUCCUCAUACUAGCCUUUUUGUGUAUAUAAUCUCUGUGUUUCCCUUUGUUCGGAUCAAAUCCUCUGCUAAAUUCAACUUCACCUGUCUUAGCGUCUGUGCCUAUGUUUGGGUCCUUGAACGUGACAGAUUAUUAGCGAGAUUACAAUUUAACAGAUUUCCAUGAAACUUGGUAGAAGGAUGUGGAAUGGAUCAGGAAAGAACCCACUGGGUUCUGGUGCAGAUCUGGAUCAGGGGUGGAUCCACAUUCCUUAACACUGCGAGAUGUUUCACCUUUUUACCACAGGAAUAAUUAAUUGAUGUCUUUAUGAAAUAAAAAACUGGUAUAUUUGAGGACCUAAUAUCUAAUCAUGGGCGUCAUUUGGCUUUGUUUGAAUGAAUUUAAGGGCACUGAUGGCUUGGUGAAUGUAUAUAUAUAUAUAUAAAAUAUAUAAAAUAAAAAUUGAAGGCUAACAGUAGGAAACAGUAAAAGCUAUUUGAGGAUCACACAGCAUUAGAGCCCAAAUGCAAAAAUAAAAAUUGUGUCUUCAAGAGAGA